ACAGCGGCUCCGAGGGGAAGCGGCGGCGGGACCGUGCAGGGCGCGCCGACGGCGCCGACAGGCCCGCAGAGGUGGCGGCGGCAGCAGCGCCGGGCGGGCCCCAGCCAUGGCCGACGACUUGAAGCGGUUCCUGUAUAAGAAGCUGCCGAGUGUUGAAGGUCUUCAUGCUAUUGUGGUCUCAGACAGAGACGGUGUGCCUGUUAUCAAAGUUGCCAAUGAUAAUGCUCCAGAACAUGCACUGCGACCUGGCUUCCUGUCCACCUUUGCCCUUGCCACAGAUCAGGGCAGUAAAUUAGGACUUUCUAAAAACAAAAGUAUUAUCUGCUACUACAAUACGUACCAGGUGGUGCAGUUCAAUCGCUUGCCUUUGGUAGUGAGUUUCAUUGCUAGCAGCAAUGCCAAUACCGGGCUGAUUGUAAGUUUAGAGAAGGAGCUCACGCCCCUGUUUGAAGAACUGAGGCAGGUUGUUGAAGUUUCUUAACUUGAUGGUAUAGCCAGAGUGCAACAUUCCUCUGCAGCCCAGUGGACAGAAGGAUUCAAUAAUUGUCAGUCAAAUAACAUGUCUCAGAAGAAAUAUCACAGCUCCUUAGUAUACUAAGUAAGAGUAAAUUGUACAUAGUACUGAAUCUGAAAUGAUCUACUAGUGUGUUGUAGGUGGAUGUUACUUUAGGCCGUGCUUCUUGUAUUGUGCAGUACUGGAGAGACCACCAAAAUAGCUCCCAUGGAGUUUAGCUGAGCCAGAUCGGCACAACGCUGUUGGCUCAGACGAGCAACCCACAGAUCCUUUGCUUUACAGGGAACCAGGCACACACAGCAGGGUGUAUCCUCAGGCCGGCCACUGCUACAUGGUGGAGAGCAGAUCAGUUGUGUAGUGUGAUCAAGGACAUGGUUGAAAGCAUAUUGGGAGAGAAGGUUUAUUAGCAGUGAUGUGUCGGUACAAUCAAUAAAUAUCCCGGCUUUCUUACAUGGGUGAUGCUUUGGCAAGGGUGUGCUACUAAUGUGGAUGCUAGCUGCAUCCUGCUUCCACUAAGAAGAAAGUUGUUUCUAUGGAAGCUGUCGCUUUAGGAGGUUUCCUGAUGCCCAGCUGAAAGCACCCAAACCGUGUCUCACUUCUUCAUAGGGUUUUUUUGUGUAAUAUGGUUGUGAAGAUCUCAUGUCUCAGUCUUUGUGUGGCUUCAUCACUGGUGACACUCUUAGCUCAUUUACUCUUAGGUUUUCAUAAGUAAAUAAAUAUAAAUAAAAUACAGUAUUUUUAAAUGACA